UGCAAUAAAUUGGCUUGCCUUUCGGCGUUGUUUUGAAUUAUUCAAUAAAGAUUUGAGAAUUGAGGUUAAGUUGAAGUUGUUUCCACACUCUAUUCGUUUAAAAGAAACAAUAAAUUAUGGCAAAGCAUCAUCCAGAUUUGAUCUUUUGUAGGAAACAGCCUGGUGUCGCUAUCGGUCGUUUGUGUGAAAAAUGUGAUGGCAAAUGUGUGAUCUGUGAUUCGUAUGUGCGCCCUUGUACUUUGGUGCGAAUCUGUGAUGAAUGUAACUACGGCUCCUACCAAGGAAGAUGUGUUAUUUGCGGUGGUCCCGGCGUGUCUGACGCUUACUACUGCAAGGAAUGUACUAUACAAGAGAAAGACAGAGACGGAUGCCCCAAAAUUGUGAACUUGGGUAGUUCUAAGACUGAUCUGUUCUAUGAGAGAAAGAAAUAUGGCUUCCGGAGACACUAGCAGUAACUUUAUCUAGGAGUAAUAUUUACUUCCUAGAUGUAAAACUAAAUGAACUUUGUGAGUUGAAACUUUAUAACUGAAAUAAGUGUGUACAAUUUAAGUAAUUGAAAAAUAAAAAAUUUUAUUGGUAA